CAUCGGUAUUGCUGCCAUCAUGCUACGAAUCUUCUCCCGAUGGCGUCACAUUCGUAGACUUGAUCUGUUCGCGGUAGAUGAUUGGAUCAUGAUGACGGUCGUGCCGAUACUUUAUACUGGGUUGGCGGUAAUCUCAACUUCAACUACUACCAGAGACGGAAGCAGCGUGUUUGCUCCAAAAAAUGUGGGUGCAUACACACAAGAUGACUCCAAUAAGUGGAUCGAAGAAUCAACAGCCAUUGCUGUUGCUGAGCAGUGCAUGCACAAUUUGAUGUCCGCAUUAAAACUAUGUAUGCUACUGACAUUCGCUCGCACGCUCAAAGAAACAGCCGCCACCAAAUGGGCCAAGGGUGCAGCAGUAUACAUCAUCGUCGGCUGGCUGGCGGUAGAAGUCACCUUCUUUACGGUCUGUAGCACUGUCGAGGAGUUUGCUAUUGCCCAUGCAAUAUUCAAUCUUAGCAGCGACGCAUUCAUCGUCGCGAUCGCGAUCUCGCUAACCACAUCGCUCUCGCUACCAGUUACACAAAAGACUAGGCUAGUCAUGUUAUUCGGCAUGGGCAGUUUUAUCGUCAUUUCAGCGCUUCUAGCGAAGUUCCACGACUUUACCGGCGCCCAUUCCAUAACCCGCAUACCCUGGUACACACGCGAGGCUUCCUUCGCAGUCUGCGUCGCUAAUGCACUUGAAAUUUGGUGUCUAUUCCGCAGAAACAUGUCAUUCGUGCAUGACACUGCGCAGUCACAUAGGAGUCAAGAAUCGUGA